AUGACAAUGAAUGAUCUCAGUGACGAGAAUGAUCUCAGUGACAAGAAUGAUCUCAAUAACAUGAAUGAUCUCAGUGACAAGAAUGAUCUCAAUAACAUGAAUGAUCUCAGUGACAAGAAUGAUCUCAAUAACAAGAAUGAUCUCAGUGACAAGAAUGAUCUAAAUAACAAGAAUGAUCUCAGUGACAAUAAUGAUCUCAAUAACAAGAAUGAUCUCAAUAACAAGAAUGAUCUCAAUAACAAGAAGGAUCUCAGUGACAAGAAUGAUCUCAGUGACAAGAAUGAUCUCAAUAACAAGAAUGAUCUCAAUAACAAGAAGGAUCUCAGUGACAAGAAUGAUCUCAGUGACAAGAAUGAUCUCAAUAACAAGAAGGAUCUAAGUUACCAAGUGAGUGAACAGAGAGACCACGAGUGA